AUUUUGUGUGCGUACUUGCAGGAGCUUCACAGGCGGCAGGUUAUGAAGGAGAUGGAGCACGUGAUGGCGCUGCGACACCACGAACAGAUGCAGUCCAUCGAGUACCAUCACACCAAGCAGAUCCAGUCGCUACGCUCGGCGCAAAUGGAGAGGCAGUUCAGCACAGAGCUGACCAACCAGGCUGAGUAUAAUAAGACGGCUCAGCAGGACCUACGCAAGAAACAUUCGCUGGAAGCAAAACAACAACCCAAGGAACUCAAGGCCAAAGAGAAGAAGAUCGAACGUCAGUACCGCGCAGUAUGCAAGACCCAGAUGCUUCAGUUCAAGGCCCUACAGCAGCAGGUCUUACAGACGAUGCCUCGGGAGAAACAUAAGCAGUUCAUCAAGAAGAUGAAAGAGGAACAGACAAGAGAGAUGGCUAUCCUUGUGGAGCAGUACCGACUGAGCAUACAGGAAAUUAAUAUAUCCGUAUCUGUGAAGCUGGAUAAGUCCCAGGAGCAAGAGUGCAAUGUGCUACAGGACCGUCUCCGCCAGGAGAUGGACCUGCUCCAUGCCUACCAGAGCAAGACUCGGCUCCAGCAGGAGGCCCAGCAUCAUAAGGAGAUCAAGGAGUUGGAGGAGCGCGUCUCCAUCAGAAGGGCACGACUAGAGCUCAAGAUUGAAGAAGACUCGGCCAAACUAGAGGGUGAGAAGACGGAUCGGAAACGGAAGCUGUUUGACAGACACAAGAGAGAAACGGCCGAGUUCAACCGCGAGAUGAGCAGCCAUGGUCUAGAGCAGCUCUCUAUCAAUGACAUCAAGCAACAGGUCUUUGGAGGGUCACGACCUCUAUCCAUGAUCGAGACCAGCAACAACUCGUCACCGCGCAACGUCCGACGUGAGAACUCCUUCUCCUCUAGCUUCACAUGAUGAGGAGGGAUGCCCCUCUUUUUUUAUUUCUUAUCCAUUAUUAUUUUUGCCAAUUUUUUUGUUGAGUUUGACUUCAUAUUUUUAUUACUCUUGCAUCGCUUCAUCGAAUAGUCACCUCCCCCGCCCCAUGCUCGUAUCGAGGUGACUCGUUCGGCUGGCUCUGUACAGACAUAGAACCCUUGUAGCUUGGGAAGAAUGUGUGUGGUCCUUGGUGCCCUGUUCUCUCCUUUCCUUAUGUACUAAAUUUAAUAUUCAUUCAGUGAAUGGUUUGAAAAGGAC